AGAGAGAGAGAAUUGAAAACACAAGGAGAGUUUUGCAGAGAGUUAGACAUCCAGGCUUUGAGAAUCUUUCUGUUGCAUGGCCUUUUCAUUAACUAAAAGCAGCAAGAGUGGGAGGUUGUGGAGCUCUUCUCAUCUUCGUACAUGCUGUGUUGGCUCCAGUGAUGAGAAGGUCCCAACAACACUGAGACCCUCAACACUUAUACUUUCUCUCUCCCCCUCUUCCUCAACCUCAGAGCUACACUCACUGCUUUCCUUUGGAUUAUUGCUUUUCUUUUUUGCCGAAGAAGUCUCUGGAGGAUUGAAAGAAGAAGAAAUUGCACAAAGGAUUAAUUAUUUUUUAAUAUUUUUUUGAAACUGAAGGUGGUUUUCUUUAUCAUCUGGCCUGUAUGAGAUUUUCUUGAGCUGGAAUAAUGUCUUUGUGCUGGAGUAGAAGCUCCUGGUUUCCACUGGUGUUUGGUGCUGCUCUGGUUGUUCUUACUGCUGGUAAUGCUGGACCGAACCAGGAACGGAGGCAGGCUCAGUCGUCCUCCUGCUUUGGAGGCUUUGAUCUCUACUUUGUUUUGGACAAAUCUGGGAGUGUGCAGAACCACUGGACUGAAAUCUACCACUUUGUAGAACAUCUAGCUCAUAAAUUCAUAAGCCCACAGUUGCGGAUGUCCUUCAUUGUGUUCUCCACUGAGGGACGGAUCUUAAUGAGCCUGACAGAAGACAGAGAACGCAUUCGCAACGGUCUGGAGGAGCUCCAGAGGGUUCUUCCAGGAGGAGACACUUUCAUGCACGAGGGCAUCCUGAGGGCGAGUGAGCAGAUAUACUAUGGAAACACUGAAGGUUAUCGCACCGCCAGUGUUAUCAUAGCGCUGACGGAUGGAGAGCUGCACGAGGAUCUUUUCUACUAUGCUGAGAGAGAGGCCAACCGCUCCCGAAGUCUGGGUGCCACAGUUUACUGCGUGGGGGUGAAGGACUUCAAUGAAACACAGCUGGCAAAGAUUGCCGACAGCAAAGACCAUGUCUUCCCUGUAAAUGACGGAUUUGAGGCUUUGCAAGGGGUCAUUGAUUCGAUCCUGAAGAAGUCCUGUAUCGAGAUCUUGGCAGCGGAGCCCUCCAGUAUCUGUGCAGGAGAGUCCUUCCAGGUGGUGGUGAAAGGAAACGGAUUCCUCCACGCGCGAAAUGUUGACAAAGUUUUGUGCAGCUUUCGAAUCAACGACACCUUAACUAAGAUGGUGAAGCCUUUGAUUGUGGAAGAUACAUAUCUGCUCUGUCCUGCACCAGUACUCCAAGAUGAGGGGAUGACAGCAAAUCUUUACGUCAGUAUGAACGAAGGCCUCAGUUUCAUCUCCAGUUCGGUCACUAUUACCACAGUGAGCUGUUCUGAUGGGACCAUCCUGGCCAUCGCUCUGCUCAUCCUGAUGCUGCUCCUGAUCUUGGCUCUGCUCUGGUGGUUCUGGCCUCUCUGCUGCACUGUGAUCAUCCAUGAGCCCCCACCACCGGCUGUGGAGGAGAGUUCGGAUGAUGAGGACUUUGAAGCCCCUAAGAAGAAAUGGCCGACUGUAGAUGCCUCCUACUACGGAGGAAGAGGAGUUGGGGGAAUCAAAAGGAUGGAGGUUCGCUGGGGUGAGAAAGGCUCCACUGAGGAAGGAGCAAAGCUGGAAAAGGCCAAAAAUGCCAAAGUAAAGAUGCCUGAGCAGGAGUAUGUGCUGGCCCCCACUCGGGUUCUCAACAAUGGCAUGCACAAGCCCCCCGGACAGCGCAAGUGGUACUCACCCAUCAAGAGCAAACUGGAUGCAUUAUGGGUGCUUUUAAGAAAAGGCUACGACCGUGUGUCUGUGAUGAGACCUCAUCCAGGUGACAAGGGCAGAUGCAUGAACUUCACCCGCACAAAAUCGCCCCCUCCUCGCUACCCACACUACAACCACCAUGCAUCUCCCAUCUACAACCCCUCCAGCAAGAAUCCUCCUGCCCCCCAGGGCACCCUCCCACCGACCCCCAGCAGCCCUCUAUCAACUCAGUCGUUUUCCUUCUCCACCCUUCCCUCGCUGCCUCCGACGCCUCCUCCCACUUCUACCACUCCUUCGCCUCCCAUCACUCCUCCCCCUUACACGCCACCUCCCAACCGGGCUCUUCCUCCGACCACCCUGUACAUACCUGCUGCACCGGAGCUCCCACCCACCCCUCCACCGUGUGCCUCCCCAACCGGCUCGCUGCCUCCUCCCCCACAGGGACCUCCUCCUGGGCGAGCCCCUCCACCCGCCCGCCCACCGCCUCGGCCCAGCCUGUAGAGCUCUGGCAGCAGACAGGAGAGCAUCACACAGGAUUGAAAACGGAAACGCAGAGUCUUACCAGCGUUCAUAAACAUCCUUGAUUGCACCUGCUAGCGAGGAUAUGUGAGUGCCUUGUGCCACGCUCAGUGGGCUGUGGACUUUCUGCCUUGUGAAGAGGAGCAGCGAGGGGCUUGUUUUCAGCUAUUUGUCUACAGGGACUUUUGUACACAUUUAGCCCAACAGUGCAAUUGCUUGGAUGCUUGAAUUACAGAGACAUUCCCUAUAAAUGAGGCCAUGCAGGUCAGCUCAGAAACAUUUGCCUCCAUGGUCCUCAGAGGUGCUGCAGGCCCUGUUGCCCCCUCCAUGAACACACCAGAUUGGAUGAAUCCUGACCAAGAAGAGGAACAAUAAGCUCAUACUAAUGCCUCCGUACUUAUGGCCAACACAGGGAGCACCGCUGUGGUCAAAAUGGUCAUGACACUAAAAUAUGUGCCUCUCUAACAUUUCUGUUUGGCCUAAAACGAGAUCAGAGACUCAAACAUUCCCACACAGCAGAUUUAGGAUGAUUGUUUUGACCGUUCUGAAUUCUUGAAUGUUGAGCAACUGCAUGCAAUAGUGCUUGAGUCAGCAUUUUUUCUUUUUUUAAAUAACAUUUGUACUUGUUUUAUACAAAUUAGAUACUUUUUUAUUUGUGUUUUUAUUGUCGUGUAGACUACAGUCUUUGAGUGUUAAUGUUAAAAAUAGGAAGACGAUCAUUAAACACAUGCACAGCAAGUGUACUGAAACAGCAAAGCAACAUAUCUGAACCUCUUUUGUUCAUCUUUUUAUGAUACUCAACCAGCCCAGUGUGAGUCAUAGCUGGGCUCGUUUUUGUGCUCAUCAAAAUAAACAAUAAAUUGGGAUUUACAAGA